AUUUUCUGUCAAUAUCAAAACCAAAUAAGAUGAAUUUCUCGAAUGAAUCGGAACAAUUGAUUAAACAAUUAAUUUCAGAAAACCUCAUAGGUUUUUACGAUUAUAGUGGCUUUACUGAUCUGGCUAAAAUUAAUGAAGGUGGAUUUGGAAAAAUAGAAAAAGCAAAAUGGAAAAGUUUUGGGUUAACCGUCGCUCUUAAAAGUCUGAAAGUUAAUGCAAACUCUGAUGAAUUCAUUAAAGAGCCUUUAAAUAGAUUGAUUGAAAAAGCUAUUUUUGAUCAACAGAUUACUUUCUUUAAUAAGACUGAAUUUAGUGAUACUGUUAAAUCUGUUAAAGAUUUUAAAGCUUCGUGGAAAAAUUACGGAAUUAAGGUCGCUCUUAUUUACCUUAACGAUAAAAAUUUAAAAAAAAAUGUUAUUCAAGAAUUUAUUAACAAGCAUUAUGGAAACAUCAUGGCAUACGAAGGAAAAAUGAUAAUUACAGGCUUUUGUUUAUCUGAACAAAGCAAUACAGCUUCGUGUUCAAUCUCUAAAAAUACAGUUCAACAGUGUAUUGUGGCGACUAUUCCUUCUUCUGGCAAACUUGCAACAUUUUACCUUCUUGAGUAUGUUUCUUUUAAUAUUGUGAUGAAAUUAUUAAGUUUAGUUGAUCCUUCGUGUCAAAUGUCACGUCAGAAAACUAUUGAAAAGAUUCAGGCUCAUGAAAAUAGAAUUACCUCUUUAGAAAAAAUUCAAGCUCUUGAAGAUAGAAUUUCCUCUUUAGAAAAAAUUCAGAUUCUUGAGGAUAAAAUUUCUUUUUUAGAAACAAAAUUAUCUUCUUUAGAAACAAAAUUAUCUUUAGAAACGGAAUUUUCUUCAUUUCACCAAUUUAAUUCUCAACUGAACUAUCUAGCAUUUCCUGAACUUUAG